UCGCGUUUCCAUUCUUUUUUUUUUUCAUUUUUUUUCUUUUCCACCUCAUGAACAUUCCCCGUGGAAUAUUUACUAGUUUGGGUGAGGUAACUUUUCGAGCAUUUCGGAAACUCGUAAAAAGCCGGGAAAAGUGUACCGUGCCCUAUUUUACCCCAGGGCAGGUGAAGUUCCGUCUUUACCUCCUGCGACUAAUUUUCCGUUCCGCAAUUGCUCGACUUUCGAGGUCGAGAGGGAUACUGCGAGAUGGGGAACGUUUCUGACGUCGACGAGGACGCCUCUUCGAGGUCUUCGUCCUCGUGACGGAUCGACGAUGGGAGGUCCUCGUCGGUUUUUGUCAACUCGUAAUUCUCUAAAAUCUUGGGAAAUCUCCCAUCGCGUCAUGGGGACGCUGGACCCGUGCCGGAUGCUGCGCCAGAUUUCUGGUACCUCGGUGCUGGUGAUGAUAGCCUUAUCACUGCCACCGUUAUCGGCCCUGACGGGAGACCACGUGUGCAUUCGCACGAAAAACUACACGGUGACCACGAAGGAGACCUACACGGAGCAGGUCAUGGUGCGCACGUUUACCUGGUGUUUCCAGAUGCCCCCCUUGUGCCCGAGGACCCGAGCCGAAUCCAGACUCAGAUAUCGGAUAAAGAGCGAGCUGAGGCACGCCAACAGGUCGGAGUGCUGCGAGGGGUACACCAUGCAGGAAUUGCACGGCGACGCCGGCGCCGAGGCGAAGUGCGUCCCCUUCUGUACCAACUGCAAGAUGGGGGUUUGCGUCUCCCCCGAGAAAUGCCAAUGCGAUCCCGGCUUCCAGGGGGACGACUGUGCCUAUGAAUGUCCUCCAGGGUCCUGGGGCAAGUUCUGCGCCCACGAGUGCAAGUGCGCCCGAGAUGGAGGGACGUGUCAUCCCGUGGAUGGAAGGUGCAUCUGUCCACCUGGUUUCCGAGGACCCAAGUGCGAACGGCAAUGUCCGAGCGGCAGGUGGGGUCCAGGGUGCGAGUCGGUCUGCGUGUGCGAGAAUUCUCGCAUUCUUCAGGGCUGCCAUCCGGAGACCGGGGAGUGUUUCGACCGCGGGAUUUCGACGCCUCUUCCUGGCACAACUUGGCCCCAGGGGCCACUUUUCCUCUCCUCCGACGCCACCCGAGCUGGAGCCACCCUCGACCACUUCGACCGCUUUACCCAGACGACGGAGAGGGUCGUAGAGAGUGCUCAAGAGACGGUUCUGGGGAGCGCCAGGUACACGGUUCCAGAGCCUGAAUUCGUACCUUCCGUCAGUCACCAGCUGGACGGGGAACUUUGGCGAAGGGGUAAGAACCAGGAUCGGCACGUUGGCAUGGAGAAACCUCCCAAUGUGACUUCGAUAUUCGAGAAUGGAUUCGCAAAGACCCUUGGAAAAGGUGCCGAAGGUGCGUUUUCCAAUGGUCCUCUUCGAUUUGCUAUUUUCCUCGUCAUUGGGUACACCGUUUCCCUGGUCAUAGCGGCGGCGGCCAUCUUGGCGAUUUUUCGCCUACGCUCGAAACUCCUCGAUAGCGGCGUUCGCGUCGACGUUGUAUCAUCCGAGAGGAGGGCGCAGUCGAGGGUGGUCGGAAGCUCUCUUCCAGAGCCUCCAAUUCACGCCGACCCGAUACACGCCGCAAGCUCCGGGCCGCCUUUCCACGUCCUGGACCUCGACACGUUCUCCCAGAAUUACGGGUCCAGGUCCUCGGCUUUCAUCGGCAUCCGCGUUCCGAAUGGCGCGCGAGGGAUCUUCGAGGAGCACUACGACAUGCCGGCUCCUCUCGGGAGAGCUCGCGAAAAUCAGGACGUCGACUCUCAACAUCUUUACGACGAGAUCCCGGCCGCCGAAGUGUCGACUCUCCGAAGGAGUUACGUGAGCGGGGAUCGUCGAUGAGAAGAUCGAUAAGGAUAAAUCCCAGGAUGUGGGAUUAAAUGGGAGGAGAGGCGCGAAAUAAAUCCUCCCUCGAAAAUUCCUGGAGAGCGACGCGACAACUUCGAGGUCGGCGAAGCCUGAUAGCCUCCGGGCAAGACGCGAGAUAAGGUUGAACAUACUUAUGCUAUACACCUACCAAUAUCGAUCCUAUUAAAUUAAGUGCUGAAUUUUCAUUAAGCCCUGUCCUUGCGCUCCGCCCCUCGACGUGGACGAAAUAAAAAGGUGCUGCACCGUCGCCCCGUUAAAAGGCGUUUAAUUUAAGGAAAAUGGAACGAGCGAGGUCCGGAUACUCGAGGACCCUCCUCUCCUCGCUCUGUAGAUUUUUGAUAAGGCGCAUAUACCCACAGACAAUACCUUUCUUACGCGAUGGACUCGUGGAGUCACCCCCACCGGGGCAGAGCUCGCGCGCCAAGUACUACGCAGCUAAAUAUCGCGACACCUCAAGUACCGCGGGGUUUCGCUGAAACUUAUGUAACUUUUUGCGCGAUCUCGCGACAGCGGCUAGAAAUCUUAGAUAGGUGUCGCAAUGUCGGGACGAAACGUCACAUCUAGAAUCCCGACACAGUGACGAGUAAAAUCGGCCUUAUACUCGGUCUUGGU